AUGGUGACGGUGAAGAAGUACCGGGGACCUGGUCACAGUUACUCUAGUCGCUUUCACCGUGGAAGUCACAACAGUAACUCCCGACGUCUUCACGGCUACACCUCCCGCUGUCUUCCCAGAUGCCUAACAUUAAACACCGUCAAGACAGUAGACGGAGACCACGACACGGGACUAACACAAGAGGGAGACCACGACACGGGACUAACACAAGAGGGAGACCACGACACGGGACUAACACAAGAGGGAGACCACGACACGGGACUAACACAAGAGGGAGACCACGACACGGGACUAACACAAGACGGAGAACACAACACGGGACUAACACAAGAGAGAGACCACGACACGGGACUAACACAAGAGGGAGACCACGACACGGGACAAACACAAGACGGAGACCACAACACGGGACUAACACAAGAGAGAGACCACGACACGGGACUAACACAAGAGGGAGACCACGACACGGGACUAACACAAGAGAGAGACCACGACACGGGACUAACACAAGAGAGAGACCACAACACGGGACUAACACAAGACGGAGACCACGACACGGGACUAACACAAGAGGGAGACCACGACACGGGACUAACACAAGAGGGAGAGAACACGACACGGGACUAA